GAGCGCCGGCGCCGGGAAGGUGGAAGAUGGCUGGCAAGAAGAACGUUCUGUCGUCGCUAGCGGUUUACGCAGAGGAUUCGGAGCCCGAGUCGGACAGCGAGGCUGGGGUGGAAGCGGCUGGGAGCGCGACCGCAGCGGAGGAAAAAGGUGGCUUAGUGUCUGAAGCCUAUGGAGAGGAUGAUUUUUCUCGACUUGAGGGAGAUGAAGAUGGUUAUGAAGAAGAGGAUGAAGAAAACAGCAGACAGUCGGAAGAUGACGAUUCAGAGACUGAAAAACCUGAGGCUGAUGACCUAAAGGAGUUUUCAGAACUGGAAAAGCGAGAUCCCCAGGAGCUGGUCGCUUCCUUCUCUGAGAGAGUCAGGAACAUGUCUCCUGAUGAGAUUAAAAUCCCCCCAGAGCCACCUGGCAGAUGCUCAAAUCACCUCCAGGACAAGAUACAGAAAUUAUAUGAGCGGAAGAUAAAGGAAGGGAUGGAUAUGAACUACAUUAUUCAGAGGAAGAAGGAAUUUCGGAAUCCCAGCAUCUAUGAGAAGCUUAUCCAGUACUGCUCAAUCGAUGAGCUUGGCACCAAUUAUCCCAAGGAUAUGUUUGACCCCCAUGGAUGGUCUGAGGACUCCUACUACGAGGCUUUAGCCAAAGCACAGAAGAUUGAAAUGGACAAAUUGGAAAAAGCCAAAAAGGAGAGAACCAAAAUUGAGUUUGUGACGGGCACCAAGAAGGGCACCACAACCAAUGCCGCUGCCACUACAACCACUACAGCCAGCACCGCAGCUACAGAUGCUCAGAAGAGAAAGAGUAAGUGGGAUUCUGCCAUCCCGGUGACAACGAUAGCCCAGCCUACCAUCCUUACCACCACAGCCACCCUGCCAGCCGUUGUCACCGUGACAACUAGUGCUAGUGGCUCCAAGACCACAGUCAUCUCAGCCGUGGGCACCAUUGUGAAGAAAGCCAAGCAGUGAUGGACCCGGUACAGGGUUGGACAUACUACUUCUUGAAGGACAGGAAAUGCUACCCCAAGACCUUGCCAAGACUGUGACCCCAAGAUGUGAAAUGCCCGCUUGGACAUAGCAACCCAUGCAGUCACUGGACUAAGGCUUUCCAAAGAGCUUCCCAUCAACCAGGGAUGGGUUUCUGUCUUGCCAACCCUCACAAAACAUUCUCUUUCUAAUCUUAGAGAGAGAAUCUGUUGCCCAGUCAUCCAGAAGGACCCUUGUUGCCGAUCAGGGCAGUACAGACUGCUUACAGCCAUGUUAAUUUGGCAUCCAUUGCUCUAUUAAAAGUGCUGUAUCAAUAUA